AUGGCAGAGGGCAAGAAAGAUUUAUUUGUGGUUGCAGUUCAGAAACACAAACCCAAUGAAGAAGAUGACCUUGAAUCAGAGCAAGCUGUGAACACUUCUCCAGAUGUUGCUGCACAGCUGUCUGUGGAAAUCGGAGAGAAGUUUGAAGUUCUUGGGAGAGAUGUGGACUGGUGGCUUUAUGUAAAACAUGUCAGCAGUGGAGAAAAGGGUUACAUUCCCAGCACAUGUGUGGUUCCUCUGAAGGAUGAUUUGACACAAGAAGAGUAAGUUACAAAUACAGUAGAGAGCACUCAGUGGAAUGUUCCUUACAAUGUACAUAUGUGUUAGUUAAGCUUAUCUGAUUUUUUCUUGUAUAUUUAGGCAAAGAUCUAAAAAUUUACAUUAAUUCACAUUGAAACUUAAUUUCUCACCAUGGCUUCUCUUUUAUAAUGUUGCCUCUGAAGUAGCAAACUGGGGCUUAAGUUGUUUUAAAUACUAGUUAACUGUCAAUUGAAAUAAUGAUUUUUCUAGAUAUAAUUUAAUCCUUGCUCUCUUUGUACUUGCACCAAACACCUUCCUUCAUUUGGAAAUUCUUGCUCAGAAUAAAGGAAUGCAUGUAUUCGCUACUUAAUUUUUCUUCUAAUUUUCAAGGGGAGCAUGCUCCCGUACCCAUGCCCCCUCCCCUCAGGAAGGUGAUGGCCAAGACAUCACAAUCAAAGUCUGUGCAAAACUCACUCUUUGCUCGCAAAUCAAUUUUUUAAAAUCUCUGCUUUGAUAUAUUUGUCUCUUAAUACCACAUCACAUUUUGGAGAAAUUUCUCUGUAUUCUUUUAAAUCACACUGCCCAGAAGAGGACAACAGAACAACAGUAUAAAGCAAAAAACCUUCCCUACCCUAUGCUUUUUCCAAAGGAGUAAUUCUCUCAAAAAUAGACCUUAAUAAUCCAAUUUACAGAUGUGUGCUUGGUUGCUCAAGUCUUUGAACAGGAGUGAUGCUAAGGGUGACCAAUUUUUAUGUUACAAACAUUGCUGCUUUUCAGAUGUAAAUUACUUCGUUAUCAUGCUAGGCUAGAUACUGGUCUCAAUCACAACAAGGUCACCAUCAGCCUCUCUCCAAAUCAAAGGCUUAGCAACUGGAGUUUGCAACUGUAAAAUGGUCUACUAAAUAUUUGUGGCAUAUUAGUUUGUUUGCUGAACAGCAUUUUUAACUUGAUAAUUUGUUAUAUAAGUACUUUUAAAUUUUGUUAUGUUUUGUUUUGUUCUGUCUUUUGAAGAGAGGAUGGGAUUGCUAAAGGAGCAGAGCUGACUGCAGCUCUGGUGAAUACAUCAGUUGAUCUGAAGUUCUUUCCUGAAGCACCAGUAGAGGCUGAAAACAGAGUAAGCUCUUUUAAUAUUUUUAUCUUAUUUACAUAGUUAUCAAUAAAGGGCAAAAUUACUGAGCGCUGAUUGGUUGAGAGAGAGGGCAUUUUUCUUAAUCGAGGGCAUUUUUAGUAAUCAAGAGAGGGCAUGAUUACCUUGUUCAGUUAAAAGCACUUUGUUGUUUUUCUGUUGGCAGAAACGCUCUGUUGAAAUGAGCUUUGUUUUCUAGACUUUUGGCAGUGUAUCACGACACAGUUUUGGAGAAUAAAAUUUCAUUGAAUCGAUUGGUCAGUUCAAUUUGAUUGAUGAUUUGCCGUAGCGCUAAACAGGCUUCCCAGAUAAAAAUAGACUGCACGAGUGAUUUUCCUUCGUAUAAAUUUUGCCCUUUAUUGAUAAACAAGUAAUCCCAUGAGACCUCGUACUAUUAAGGAUUAAUUGCACUUGAGUUUUCAAAAUUUUCCAAAUUGCCCUCAUUGCUUCGCGACUCGGGCAAUUUUGGAAAAUUUUGAAAACUCUCGUGCAAUUAAUCCUUAAUAGUACUUGGCCUCAUGAGAUUACAUAUACGCAACAACAUGAUUUUUAGUGCAAUUUGGUGUUAAUAAGCACAAAAAAAUUUUUAAUAGACAACAAAAUUGCAACACCCUGUGGAGUGAGUGCAGUUAGUAAUCUUUGAAGAAUUUUCAAGUGCUCAUUUGCACCAAAUUGCAUGAAAAAUUAAUAAUUGUAUAAGAAACUAUUAUGUUGUUACUUGAUAAUAAUUUACAUGAAAAAAGGUAUGACAGAAAGUCAAGAUGGACAAAAUUUUUGUAAGGAAUAAAGAAACUCUAUGUCAUUUUUACAAAUUCUUUUUGUUUCUCCAAAUAUUUGGUCAGGGUAAGUAUGAAAAGGGUGCUAUAUGUAGGAGGGUCACAGUGAGAGUCAUGUGAUUUGUUACUGAGGAGUUUUAUUAGUGGACAAAAUAUGAUAGAUUAUAAUUAACAUUUUGCCUUUCUUUUAUUUUUUUCCUCUCUCUUAUAGAAACCAUGCCCUGAAGAUUCUGCAAAUAUUUUUUCCAGGUUGGGAUUUAUGUGGCUCACAAGGUAAUUACAAUUCUGCAGUUGACAUGUGUUUUGAAAACAAUUUUAAAGUCUGAAAUUAAACAAUCACAGUCAAGCUGUUUGGCUUUUCCCAACUCUGCCCAUGUCAUUACUUAUAAUUUUGAUUAUAAUUUUAAUAAUUUGAGGGCUAAAGCCCUUUAAUGGGAGUAAAAUAAAGUCUACCAGAGCCAAGUGACCCACCCAGCCAGAGCUUAUCCAGGUUUCCAAGGCAUGAAGUGACCAGCAGAAUCACUACUCCCCCCCUGGAUGAUGAGAUGCUAGUCCAUCACCCAGGGGGGUCAUCACACUUCCCUGACAAUUGGUCCUAUCCAUUUGUACUCCUGGGUGGAGAGUGAAGUGUUUUUCCCAAGAACACAGCACUUUGACUCAGCCAGGUCUCAGAUAUGACCACUCAACUCGGAGUCCAGAGCACUGACCAUAGUCCAGGCCGUAUCUUCAUAUGGGAAUGAAAAGGUUUUUUAGUUUGAAAGUAUUCAUCAUGAACAGCUUAUUAUGGGUGACAAUUAAACUAGAGUUUGAAUGAGAAAUUUUCUUACUUCUAACCUAUUGCUGCUUUUUCUUGUAGUUUGAUUUUUAAAGGUUUCAAGAGGCCUUUGACAGAUGCAGAUUUAUGGGCUCUGAACAAAACUAACAGAUCAUCAGCAGUUGUUCCACCGUUUGUCAAAAAGUGGAAGGAAGCAGAAAGCUCCAUAAGGUGAUCUGCAAUGAUUAGUCAUCAGAUAAGGAACCUUUUCUCAUGUUCAGCUUAAUAAUAGCAAAACCAUUGUUAAUAAUUUCAGCUACUAUAAUUUCAUUUAGUUUCAAAUGAGUGCUAUGGUACUCAAAAUCACAGUACUGUAUGUAUUUGAUUAAAAAUCCACCUCAAAUAGGCGCUCACCAGGCUGUAGAUAGGAAAGGUCAAAAAGCACCUAGCUUUGAAGAACCCCCCUGCAAAAAAAAAAAAGAAAAAACUGAAGUGCACAAGAGAAUUAUUGAUUAUCACAAGUAUUUCUUUACUGGCUUGAAAAUAUCUAAAUCUAUGUCAAUGGUACAUUACAUUUUCACUUAUUGCUAUUAUUUGUUGUUUUGUUGCAAGAUAAACUAAGUAUUUGAUGAAAAUAGUGAAAAUUGAAUAUGCACAUCGCCUCAACUUUUCACAAUCAACGAGAAUUAAUACAAUUAUUAAGUUUUAACUCACAUAACGAUUUAAGGUAAAGGAAAGUGUUUUUCUUUAGAGCUUCAGGCAGUGCUCAAACCACAGAACCCACUGACAACGAGAAAGCUGAGCUGAAACCAGAUGAUGCUGAAGAAGAUGUCAAGUUUUCUUCAGAGGAGAAGAAAAAGGAGAAGAGACCUUCCCUAUCAAAAAUCAUGUUUGGACUUUAUUGGGAUAAACUUCUGCUGGCAGUUGUUUUUAAAUUGCUGAAUGAUUGCAUUCAGUUUGUACAACCUCAACUGUUAAGGUGAGUUAGAGUCUGUUAGUAAUAAGAGUUUUAGUUUUUAGAGGAAAAUAUUAAAAAACCUUCUGAUUUUUUAAAAAGCAUUUUUGAAAAUUUAGGAUAAUGGAAAGAUUGUCUGAUAGGAUUUAGCUGAGACUUAAAAAUCGAUCCAUGCGAAUUAUUCUUUGCUUUGGUGAAGCGCUAAUGCUUGAAACUUCACUGAGCUUUGAAACUCUUUACGGUGGCCAAUUUACGUAACGUAUCAACUCAGUUGAUAAUACUAAAUUACCCUAUUAUACUCUCCCACUGACGUAGCACCACAGUUUCUUUAGAAACUACUACCCCUUUAGUAAUGGGAAUUAAUGUCUAUUCAUUUAUUACAGGUUGUUAAUAGGUUUUAUAGAAGAUAAAGAUAAUACUGAAACAUGGCGAGGGUACGCCUAUGGCGUCAGCAUGUUUGUAGUUGCACUAGUCCAGUCCAUUUGUCUCCAGCAGUACUUUCACUUUGUCACUGUGCUUGGGAUGAAAAUAAGAACAGCUGUUAUUGGCAUGGUAUAUUCAAAGGUACAGUACCAUUUACGUGUAUUGCAGCAUUACACACGCUUGACUCGCGUGCAAUUCUCGCAUAUUACUCGCGCCAAACACGCAUACUGCACGUUACCACACGCAAAUGCGUUUAAGCAAAAAUUGCGCGCGUAGUAUGAAGUGAUCAGGUCACAAACCCAUCCAGCUGGAGCUUAUCGCGGUUUCAGUAAAAGUGAAGAACUCGCAUGCCACCAACUCUACCUACCCCAAACUUUCCGAACUCCUAACAUUCUUGUCUUAAUUUUAAGGCCCUUCUCCUGAACAACAGCUCACGUAAAGAAUCAACAGCCGGAGAAAUGGUGAACCUAAUGUCUGUUGAUGCACAACGACUAAUGGAUCUCCUUACCUAUGUGAACAUUUUGUGGUCUGGUCCGCUCCAGAUUAUUGUCUCGUUGUAUUUCUUGUACAGUACAAUGGGUCCAUCGAUUCUUGCUGGUGUUGGAGUUAUGUUGCUACUGAUUCCUUCCAAUAUUCUUGUAUCGCGACUUUCGCGAAAGCUUCAGGUACAGUAAAGAACAGCUAUGGUUGAGUAAGACCCUUGUCUAGUACUACCAGCUUCGGGCCGUGAAAAUGUAGUUAGAGCUGUUUUGGCCAUCCAAGGCCUUAAGCUUAACCUUCUUUUCAAAGGCGCCAUUUGGCGUACUUACAUGGCAGAAAUUAAAAUUUAUUCGCAAUUUUUAUCUUGAUCAACGUCGAGGUCCCUAUAUACUUUCAAAGGUUGAGAUUUUUUGGGCAAUUUCGGCAGUGGAGUCGCAAAAAGUGGCAGAAGACAGCCAUAACAAAGAAAACAUUAACGUACUUCGUGAGUUUAUUUUGCAUCAACAAAAUUUAAUCAUAAGGUGAUCUGAGAUUCGCUUCAGCGCUCGAAAUUGAACAACUCAUUUUUGAUUCUUAUCUUAUCUUAUCUUUAUGCUUCACGGUAAUUCCUUUAUUGACCAAGCUUGUUUGGUCAAGAUGGCUGGAUAUCAGCCUUGUUCCUUUUUUUCGCUUUUUUAUGGACCAACACUUCAUCUCAGAAGAUAAAAAACACAAAAAAAAAAUAAAAAAAGAACGCGGUCAACGUUCCGCCAUCUUAACCUAAUGCUUGGUCAAUAAUGCAUAUAUAUUAUCAUUCGAAAUAGGGCCACUCUUAAUUAAGCGGUGUAGCUUUUUCUUAUUUUCAACUUUCCUUAAAAUCGUUCCUUUUGCAGGUGAAACAAAUGGGUGCCAAAGAUAAACGUAUCAAAAUGAUGAAUGAGAUUUUGAAUGGAAUUAAGGUACGCUGGUAGAGAAUCACUCCUAAAUUUGAAGUGAUGACUUGAAAUGUUGUACUAGCGGCAGUGGUUUCUGUGCAUGUUAAGGCAUUUUUGUCGUUCUCAGCGACCUAGAUGAUAAAAUUUCAUGCCUUUCAAAGUCGAGGCAAAUAUUUGGUAAUUACGCAAAACUGUGCAAAUUAUCUGCACGAAGGUCAGAUCGCAGUUUCUUGCGUAAACAUGAGUACAUGUCAAUGGAAAAGUUUAUAGAAUAACUAAGGUGUUACGUGCAUUCUGAUCGCUUCGUUUAUCAUACCAAUAAACCUGUAGUUAUUUGUUGAAUUCAAUAGACCGCAGUUUCAAUCAGUUUACCGACUAAUUAAACCACUAAGGAUGCUGACAGAACGCUUGAAAAGUUUGUAAAUAGCUCGACUUCGGCUCGAGAUUUAAAAACUUUGUUCGUGGUCUCCAAGCAUUCCGUGUGGGUUUUUAUUACAGCGAUAAAGCAAUGGAAAGUGUUCUUAUACUGUUACUCUGAACACCCUAACAUCAGUAUGCAUAUUCUCCAAACUGUUCCUUAAACAUUUUCUAAGGUGCUGACAAGGAGAAUUUGUAGAAUAAUCACGACCAUCUUUAGUUAGUGAUCAUUUCCUUUACUCCUGCGAGCUUAAUGUUUGAUUCAGGAGUGACAUUUUACAGAAGCUAGUCACUCUUUGGGGUUCAAUCGUUAAAGAAUGUAGUUGUACGAAUGUCUGUUUUUAAGGCAAAUUUGUGACUUGUAUCGUAAAAUUUCAAACCUAAUUUUUCUUUUUAGGUCCUCAAACUUUAUGCUUGGGAAACGUCAUUCAUGAAAAUGGUCUCUAAAAUGCGGAAAACAGAGCUGCAUCAUUUGAGGAAUUUCUCCUACCUAAACGCGUCAUUCGCCUUUACGUUCACUUGUGCGCCAUUUCUGGUGAGUAAUGAUAGAAAAGUAAUAAUAAAAAUGAUAAUGAUAAUAAUAAAGAUAAUUUUGCAGUAAUCAUUCCACAAGGUGGCUCAUCUUGUCCACUGUUUCCAGGUCGAAUUGGAAUUUUGAAUGUUGAUUUUUGCAGAGGGAGAAAAACUGAAGCGAGGACGAAAAGCAACCAAAAAAAUCAGCCCAUAAGGUCUGGGAGUCGAACCCAGGCUACAGCAGUGGGUGAUAAGAUUGCUGCCCUUUCUCCCCAGUCCCCCAAACGAUGAUGCAAUAGUUUACGGAUAAUUUUGUCAACACCAGGCAACACGACUGGGGGAGAAGGGGAAGAGGGGGGGAAUGAGAGUUAGAGAAAAAAGUUUGAAGGUGUAGGAGAGCGUGCCAAGACUUUUGCAUCUCCUUUUAGCGUGAGAGAGAGUGUUUUCAUUUCAUAAGUUUGGUGUUGAAGUUAACCUUGUUUUCCAACGAGGGCUCAUAAGCAGAUUUACAGCGCGACAUCAGCAGGAAUUGAUUUACAUAUGGUAUUAAACGAUGAAGUAUUUGUUUUGGAAUAUGGGAAGAAUCUUUUUCAAAGGACUCUGCCGGAAAAUUAUAGGGCCCGAGGAUUUUUUAGUUAUCCUGAGAAAUACAAUCCAAAAACGGGCCUCGAAGGAAUUAAAUCACCAUUACUUAUUUUCCUCUCUUUCGCCUUUCAGGUUUCAUUAGCUACCUUCGCGAUCUAUGUCAUGACUGGGAAUGAACUUACAGCAUCUAAAGCUUUUGUUGCAAUUUCACUCUUCAACAUUUUACGUUUUCCCCUCGUCAUGUUUCCAAAUGUGAUCAUCAGCUUGAUCCAGGUAUGUAGCUAUUUGGUCAAACUGUUGUCCUUCGUCUUCUGAUAAAAUUUCCCUCAGAGCUUACUUUAGCAGAGCUCUAAGCUGCGACCGUUUUAAAUCCAUUACAAGUAAGUAAAGAUUCGCCUUAUCUUGCGAUCUGUGUUAGGCUGUCAUGUACCAAGCACUAGUGCUCUUUAAUUAGGUUUUAGUGGUCGUAAGCAAAAAUGAGAGGAGCAUUUCCUUUUUUUUCUCGUGAGCUGUUAAAGUCCUUAACCUGUGAGAUAUCUCGUGAACCACCGUAAAUGGUCGCCAGCCACGUCGCUUCUUUAAAAGGCACACGACGCGGUCGACGGAAUGGCACGUCAAGUUAUGAUACACAGUGUGUCUUCCAACUACCUUGAAAAAGUUGUAUUAAGUGCGCCACUCUUUUGUGCUGGAAUCGCAACCAUUACUGCUACUGUUGUUGUUGUUUUUGUUGUUGUUGUUACUCUUGUUCAAUGUUAAUUUACUCUUAUCCUGCAUCGCUAGGCACGAGUGUCCAUCGUACGCCUGACAGAAUUUCUUUUCCUAGAAGAACUUGAUUCAGAGAAUGUGGCGAAGAACAUGCCGGAACACAGUGAGUGUAAACAAUCUUUAGAGCGCUAUUCAAAUAAGGGUCGUGAAAGGUAAAGGUUAAUCAUUUAACUCCCAUGGGUGACCAGGACAGAAUUUCUCCAUACAAUAUCUGUACAAUAUCAAGCAAACAAGUGAUGAGAUUAAGAAAAAUGUCAGCAAGAGGAUUAUAUUUGGUCCAAUACCAAAUUCCCCAAACUAUCGUCACAAGAACUGUAUGGCAGACAGUAAGGAGAAUUACUGAUGAGAUUUUGGGGGUUAAAGGGCUAAGUCAGCAAUCGUGCCUUGUGGCUCAUCCCGCUGAAGCUUAUCUCGGUUUCUGUAGCAUGAAGAGAUCACAAUGGCCAAUCAGAACAACGGUAUCACACUGAGCGGCCAAUGAAAGAGUGGCGCGAGUAAUCUGGACCAAUCACACAGUGGGGUAAAACAAUACCAUUGCUGCCCUGGAUUAUUUUUCAAAACAAACUGAAAAUAUUUAUGGUAAUGCCCACAAAGUUAAACCCACUCCUGUUGCCCCAUGUGCUCUUAAUUUACAGUUAGCACACAAGACAUCCACGUUGAGAAUGGGACAUUCAGCUGGGACACGAAUAGCAAACCAGCUUUGAAAGAGUGAGUUGCUGUUUCCUUUUAUUUUUAAAGAAAGAUCAGUCUCCCAACCUCUGUCUGCAUUAUUGACCAAGGAAGAGGUAAAUUCUCUUGUAUGAAAAAAAAAUAAAAGAACGAGGUUAAUAUAGAGAGAUCUCGACAACAACAAUGUAUGUAAUAAAAGCAAUUACCCAAGCAUUGCAAAGUACAUUCAAAAACCCGCGUGGAUUUCUUCCUUUUCAAUGUCUAAGGAUGUAAUUUGGUGCUUUUGUUGCUAAAACUUCCAGAAAACGAAGAGUUGUCGAGAUGUUACGAGGUAUGUAAAUCGUUCACAAACACGUUUCUUUUCGCGGGAUGAAACCGUCCAACUGUCAAGAUGACUCGGGUAGCCAGUCCUUAAACAGGAUUUGCUUUAUCUCAGCCGCUCGUGGAGCGAGCUUCAUAGUAAAUAUCACAACUUAUUUCGGAACUGUUUUUGUUUUUCACACAGCAUUAAUAUCAACAUUCCCAGUGGUUCUUUGGUUGCUGUUGUUGGCCAGGUUGGUUGUGGUAAAUCUACUCUGCUCUCUGCUCUUCUCGGAGAAACGGAGAAACUGGAUGGAAGGGUUUAUGUGAAGGUACAUUUAUACAUCUUAUCAAUUGAGUUCGGAGUUCGUAUGAAAAGUCAUGGAUUGACGUGUUUCCAGUGCGCAAGCGGUUGGGCAAAAACAAGGAUCCUACAUUGAUUGUUUAGAAUAUGUUUUUCAGGAAUCUAAAAUCGACCAAAACUUCAGUUCAUAUUGUAAAUGUUUUUUUCCUUUUUAGGGAUCAGUGGCCUAUGUUCCCCAACAAGCAUGGAUUCAGAAUGCAACUCUCAGGGAUAACAUUUUAUUUGGAAGAACUUUUGAAUCCAAACGUUACGCCAAGACAAUCUACACGUGUGCGCUGCAGACUGAUCUUGACAUCCUGCCUGGAGGAGAUCUCACGGAGAUUGGAGAAAGGGUAAAGUUAACAGAACUUUUGCCAAGCCACAUACGUUAGUUAAAGUCGUAAACUUGGCUUUUGAUAUCGUAGCUUCCAUUACUAUGAAAAAUGGUUACACUGGAUAAAAAUUAAAAGUUUUAUAAAUAUUAGAAUGUAUUUUAAAAUUCCAAUGAUUCGGCUAAGAACUCGGGGAAAUUGAUAGAGAAGAAUCAACAAAUAAGGACGAAUUAUAUCGUGAAAAGCAAAUUCUAACAAUUUUUAUUAAUGAAGUCUUGUCCUUCAGCGUCAAAGUCAAAUACUCGUGUGGCAAAUGAAUGCCAUCGUCUCGUUUGAGCGGGUCUCUACACAAAUUUUCAUCUCACAAGCUUCUAUAAAUCGUUUUCAGUAUCUACUGUGAUAAUAUACCAUUUGCACAUAAAUUUUUUCUUUCGCAAGCUGAUGUGUUACUUUUUUGUGUAAUCGUUGUAAACUGAAGGAGGAAGGAGUGAAAGAUAAUUAUAUGCUUUUCAAGUCACUCUUGUCAUAAUAAAAACCUGUACUGCUUUCAAUGCGUAGGGUAUAAACCUUAGCGGUGGACAGAAACAGCGUGUAAGCCUGGCCCGUGCUGUGUACUUCAAUGCUGAUAUCUACUUGUUGGACGAUCCACUCAGUGCUGUGGACUCACAUGUUGGAAAACACAUAUUUGAUAAGGUCAUAGGUCCAAGGGGAAAACUUAGAAAGAAGGUCAGUACAUUUGACACCAAGAUGGCUUGUUUAAGACUAAGUUCCUUAAUAUAGUUUGUUAGCUUGGUGGCUGACUUGUUAGUAGAGUAGUUAGUUAGCCAGGCAGUCAGUGAGUCAGUUGGCGUGUUAGUUUAUUUGUUCAUUGUUUGUUUGUUUGUUUAUAUUUUUGUUUGUUUUAGGAUUCUAUGAGUCGAGAUCUGUAAAAGGGUGUCUCAAGAAAGAUUUUACUCGAAACGCUCUCUUGUGUACGUAGGUUUUAAAGAGACAGAUCGUGGCUAAUAAGGCUUAAAAAGGUUUCCUUAUUUUAAAAACAAAUUAUAUUAUGAAUAGUAGCUCCUUUCAUUUGCUCCCUCGGAAACAAGAGGGGGGAGGGGAGGGGAGAGAGCACAUAGUAGACUCAAAAUCAUGCUCUCCAUUAUGAAAACGGUGUGUACGAAAAAGAGUGGCAGUAUCAGUUUAUCUACAAAUUGAUACAUAGAAAUAACGAAACUACCUUGAACCACCGUAAGUAGAGCCAUUUUCUGAAUGCCAUUAUGGUUGCAAUGGAUGAAAUCGCAUUUCGAUAGAAUGGAUGCUUUCAUGACAAACAUACUUUUGUAAACCCGCGGCACUUCGUCCUGCAAACGUAAUAUCAAAUGCUUUGUUUGUGUUCUCGUCUUUGCCAGACGCGUAUCCUUGUCACACACGGGAUUGCCUUCCUUCCCCAAGUGGAUCAGAUCAUUGUCUUACAAGAUGGCAGAAUAUCAGAGGUUUGUUUGUUUUUUUGAUAGAUGAACAUUAUUCAGCGGCUCCCUCAUACAAUAGAUAUGACAAUUUUGUAGCCUGCAAGAAGCCACUCAAUAUUAGCGCUUUGGCAUGAGCGUUUCCUCUCCCUCGGUUAAAUAUGAGGCCUGGGACAAAGCGUGAGCGUUUCUCGCCCGCGGGAAAAUAUGAGGCCUGGAGCAAAGCCAGCCGGCAAGAGGCCUGUAAGUUGUUUAGAACUGUUAUUAGUUCCAGAACCCAGUAAAUAUCUCCCCGACCCGUCUCAAAUCUUCCAGCGGGCGGAGAAACGCGCGUCCUGCUGCACUACAAAUUUUGAGUCAUUUGGGCUCCGCCCAGUCGACGUUGUCAGUUAUCCUGUCAAGUGAUAGAUGACUGCAACAACUGAACGUGUUAGUAAAUUUUUACAUUUUUGGGAUAUGAUUGUUUAUGUACACAGGUCGGCACCUAUACUGAGCUGAUCAAGAACAAGGGAGCUUUUGCCGAGUUUUUGAAGACAUAUGCCACAGAGGAACAGACAAAACUUGAGUAUGGUGAGUUGAAUACAGUAGCAGUGAGUGCUCACUGACGGUUCUUGUUUUUUUUCUUUUUAUCUUCAUACCCCUCCUCUGCUUCCUCAUUGUUCUUCCUAUCCUCUGCUGCCCCUGACCCUAUUUUGUCCUCGUUUCCCGUCGUGAUCUGGGACUAGAGGACAUGCUAAUUUCCGACAAGAUCAGAGUGUCACUUGCAGUACUCAUUUUAAAGGGAGAUGUUUAAGAUUUGUCGGAAGCUUCUUCAUAGGACAAAUAGACAGGGUCCUUCGUUUUUUCGGACAAAGACCUUCGGAGUUCUUGUUCAAACGCUAUGUCAGUUGAGCCACAGAGAUUUUUUUUUUGGGUUGAAAUAAGUCGGAAUAUUUUCGUUUAUAUUGCAUGACAAGUUCGUGACAAGUUAACAGAGCAACCUCGCCUUAUGCAAAUUAAUUUAUCUUUUUAGUAAUAUAGUGAGUUAUUUGGUGUCAUAAAAACGUUUUUCAAAGUAAAAAGAAUGCUUUUGUCAUCUCGGAACAGCCGAAGACCCUACGCCAGAAAUAGUUGUAGAAGACGUGGAGGAAGUGGAUGGUCAGUUCAGUUCAAGACUCAGCCUUGAGAGACUUGAUAGUCACUCGGAUGUCCAACGUCUGAAGCGAGCAGAGAGUAUGUCGGUGAUCACUGUGGACACUGCUGAUUUAGACUGUCAGUUUACAAGACCAGAUCAGGAGCAGGCUGACAGGAUGAUUGAAGAAGAGAAAUCUCAAACCGGAAGGGUGAGAUUCGGCUUCGGAUAAUUUUUUUAAUGUCACGCAGUUGACUCAAGAAGAAUGUGUAUAGGUCAAAGGAAAGAAAUUGUGGAGCAAAGGCUUCAAAAAGAGUUUCGGUUCUUGAAAAAAGUCCGGAGAAUAUCAAAUUCAUUUAUUGGAUCUGGAGAGCUUUUUAAAGAGAAUCUGGAACAAUAAAUGGAUUUACAUGCCAUGUUAAUAUCCCAAACCAAACUUCACAUGAUCUGAAUUUUGUGGCAGCAAAGUUGUCAGCAUCAAAGCCGUUGGCUGAAUUUUUAUCGGUCAUUUGGCAAUAGCCUUUUACGAGUGCUAUCAGAGUAUUUCCAAACUAGAGAGAACACCUUGACAAGCUCCAUUCCACUCAGGCUCGCGUCCUUGCCUGGAGUCCUAAAUCUUCAUGGUUUGUAAAAAAUCUGGUAAAGUUUUGAAUUUGGAAAAUUAAUUAACCUUAUGAACAUCUCCAUGAUAAACCAUGUUUCAGUUAAGGUAGUAAGUCUUAACAUGUUUUUUUCUUCCAGGUGAAACUGAAAGUGUUCUGGGCCUAUGCAAAGUCUCUCACAGUUCCCUUGUCCAUUUGCGUCGUUUUUUUCUUAGUGCUGGCAGAAGCUGCCUCAGUCUCCUCGGGAAUUUGGCUCGCUCGGUGGAGCUCCACGGAUGUAACUUCAGACGACCAACGCGAUCUUUUUCUUGGUGUUUACAGUGCUUUAGGCGUGUCCCAGUGCGUGUUAGUGCUGCUGCAAGCCUUAGCUCUGGCGACUGGAACAAUAAUAGCGUCCCGCUAUCUUCAUCAAAGAAUGCUGGACAACAUUCUGCACUCACCUAUGUCUUUUUUUGAGACCACUCCACAGGGGAGAAUCAUGAACCGCUUCUCUAAGGACAUUAGUGGCAUUGAUGAUAUGGUGCCUAGGAGCGUGUCAUCGUUCCUGCGGACGUUCUUCGCCGUCAUCGCCUCAAUAUUCACGAUAAGCUUUGCCACACCCAUAUUUUUGGCUAUCAUUGUCCCUCUGGGAGUGUUGUAUAUUUUUAUACAGGUACGUUACCACUCAUUGUGUUGUGUUUUUCGGUAACGCAAUUAACUUUCACAGUGCCUCGCUUCACACAGAUGUAAUAUCCUGUCAAGGGAUGGCAGGGAGAGUAAUGUUUCUAGUCGUUUUAUGCCACUGAAACCAGCAUAAAAUCGCAUAGCACGGCCGCUCUGGCUCAUAAACUGAUCUGAUCUUUAUCUAUAGUUGGUAACAGGUCUCCAUGAGACCUGGUUGCUACAGGUCCGGAAAAGGUAAUCUUAUCAUGGUCAGGGAAUGAGGUAAAAUUGGGAAUUUAAGAAAAGUUCAGGAAACUUAAAAUUAUUAUCGCUGAACUCAUCAUAUUUUUGGUGUUUUUUUCGUCUCGUUGUAGCCAUGAUAAAAAUAGCAUAUUGUGAUAGUCAUGCACAGGGAAGGCUAUGAUGGAAGACUGGAUGCUUCCUCUAUGUUUGUUAGAUUAUCUAAGCAUGUGGUCUGAAAAACAUUUUUAUCAAGGAAAUCUUGAAAAAGGGACUUUUGAAAACUGAGAAGUGGGUAACGGUGGGGUCUAAGUAAGGUCCUGGGAAUGAGCUCACGUGGACACUUAGCGGCUCAUUUCAGGAACAGAGCUUAGGGUAAUGAACCACUUGAAUGAAAACAUCGUAAUCAAUUAUUUCACCUCCCUUGCAAGGCGAAACCCAAGAAACACAACAUUUGCGAUUGAAGCCAGUUUGUCCUCCUUUUUGAAAAUAGGAAGGAAAUGUAAUUGUUUGUGUGUUGUCGGUUUUUCUUUAGAGGAUAUACGUGGCAAGUUCUCGUCAGCUGAAAAGGAUUGAGUCUGUCAGUCGUUCACCGAUAUACAACAAUUUUUUGGAGACCAUCAACGGAACUUCCACCAUCCGAGCCUUUGCUCAGCAACAGCGCUUCAUACAAGGCAACUAUGCCAUCGUAGAUGAGAACCAAGUUUCCUGCUAUCCCUCAAUAUCAUCAAAUAGGUAAAAAAUAUAGUGAUGGCAGAAUGCCAAGGCGGCUACUCUUAUAAGUAAUUACUUACGGGUCCGUUUUUCAAAUGGCCCUUACUGCUUUUCGGGUGUUCUUUGCUACUUUUUCAAUCCCAAACACUUUAACCUUUUUUUCGGUUAGAACUUUUUGUUCUCCAGUAUCUGAGAAAACGCAAAGGUUGUGCGAAGAAUCCCCUAAUUCGUCAUUUAAUUCAUACAUCACUUAAUUCAUUCAUUCACUCACUCAGCCAAUCAGGGAUUCCCUCUCUCUCUUCCUUGAACAAUAUAUCUACUUAUUGAUAUAUAUAUGUUUUUUUUUAUUUUCAGGUGGCUCGCUAUACGUCUGGAGUUUAUUGGUAACUUGAUCAUAUUUUUCGCUGCUGUUUUUGCUGUCGUUAGCCGCAAUUCUUUACAAAGCGGUCUCGUCGGCUUGUCCGUUACGUAUGCUUUGCAGGUAAGUAGUUGACUUGUCGUGGUGCUGAAUCAUUAAAAAGUGACAACAAUGGCUAUUACUAUCUGAUUGUACUACAGCCAAGCGAAUGUCUGAAGUGCUGCUGUACUGUUUUAAAAACCUCGAGCAAUCCUAUCCGUCAAUCGGAUGUAGAGGUGAAAAGUAAUCUCGACAUACCUUUUUUUGUUUUUCUUCUCCAGCGUCUCUGGAGUUGGUUUGUUAUUUCUUUGAGUUCUCAUUGGCACCUUGUGAAAUUUUGUUUUUUUCUAACUCGCUUUCGUAAUAACUUUGGAUUUGGCUUUGAAGCGCUCAAAAGAAAUCCGCUCUAAAAUGGUUUCCACCGAGACACCGAUUGUUUUGUUUCUGGGAACUAGCGAAGUCGCGUUCUGCUUGGACUAACAAACGAACGGAAGAAAAUCAACUCAAGAACAACUUUCAAGAUCCAAAACAAAAAAUUUAAUAGAAAUUCUCGAACUAAACAAGAUUUCUUUGAAGAAAAGUCUUAAUAAACUUAACAAUAUUGCGUUUUUCUUGUUGCAAGGUAACCCAAACGCUUAACUGGAUGGUGCGAAUGAGCAGUGAUCUGGAGACGAACAUUGUAUCGGUAGAACGAGUGAAGGAAUACUCAGAGACUCCCACUGAGGUGUGGUUUGAUCUUACAACUGAUAAGACAUUUAUGCCAUGUGAAAAAUUGUCCCCUUGCUUCAUAGACGUUAAUCUGGCUACGUUUGGUCUGGUAUUAAAGUGUUCCUUAAAGGGAUCGUGCGGAUCAUGAAUCUGGAAAGACAUGGAAUUUUUUUUUAAUUGUAGUCGUGUUUAUUUAAUAUUGCGUUUAUGGUGUGGAUGCUUUUUUAGGCUGAGUGGAUUAUUCCAGAUAAUCGACCCUCAGAGGACUGGCCCGAGGCAGGAAACAUUGUCAUAGAAGAGUUUGACUUAAAAUACAGAGAAGGUUUACCUCUUGUGCUGAAGCAGAUCAAUUGUGAUAUUAAGCCGGGAGAAAAGGUGUGUUGAAAACAUUUUGUAUCAGUAAAGAAAACCAGUGCACGUGUACCGAGAAAUUCGACAGUUUCAUAGCUAAUGGUUUGCAGUCUUCCUGUACUGAUCCCUGAGAAUGUAUCAUAAACACGGCUUGUAUUUUCUUCUUAACUUUAAAGCGUUUUAUUUUCAUUAAUCAUCUAAUUGAUGGUCAUGAGAGAUAGGAUUGAAGGGCUCAAAGGAAAGCCUUCAUCUUUCAACACCUUCUGGUCGCCAUUUUUUUUCUUUGCCUAUAUUAAUCUAAGCAAGGUUUUCCCUUACAACUGCGCUUAUCACGGAAACCUUCCUAGUAUAACUGCAGUUUUACUUACGAAGUUUACAUACAUUUCAGGUCGGUAUCGUCGGUCGCACAGGUGCAGGCAAGUCAACUCUUACUUUAGCCUUGUUUCGUAUUCUUGAGAGAGCUGGUGGACGAAUUGUUAUCGAUGGUGUGGAUAUCGCCAAGAUUGGUCUUCAGGAUCUGCGGUCACGGCUUACUAUCAUUCCACAGGUAGACUAAAAUACUUGGGCACUACAUAAGUUUGCAUAGCGAACAUAUAGAUUGGUGAACCCAUGUCACUAUGUUGACAGAAGUAUAGAAUGACAAGCUAUUAAUGGUUUUGAUAUCGCUGAUGAAAUUCUUUUUUUUAGAAAACGUAUUGUUACUGUACAUAGAAUUUAGUUAUGGUUGUAUCACUUUUUUUUUUUUUUGCGAUGUAGGAUCCCGUGUUGUUUUCUGGAACGCUACGUGUCAAUUUGGAUCCGUUUGACAGUCACACGGACGAGGAGCUUUGGAAGAUUCUAGAGAUGAGUCAUUUGAAGAACUUUGUGUCAGGACUGGAAGAGGGUCUUUUACAUCCCGUGACUGAAGGAGGCGAAAAUUUAAGGUAAUAAGUUUGGAAUGAUGAAGGGCUAACGAUCGAAACGUCAGCUUUGGAACUCUUUACGGCGGCUAAUUUACGUUUUCAACUCAGUUGAUAAUACUAAAUUACCCUAAUAUACUCUCCCACCGACGCAGCACUACAAUUUCUUUAGAAACUUACCCCCUUUAUUUAUAUUUUCUCACACUGUUUUAAGUGCUUAUCAAUUAAGAAAUAGCCCAUUUCCAAGAUGCUCAAAUCCACUGCUUUAAAACGAGGUAAAGUUUAAAGUCUUUGAUGAGAAAAUGACUUUUAUGUUUGUAUGUACAUAAAACUUACUGCGUCUGAAAAGUCUUGCACUCGUCUUCAUUUUGAAUGUUGGAAUUUUUCGGACAAGUUUUACUGAAUAUCCAGAGAUAAGCGGUCAUUUUUGCCAUCCUUUCAGUGUUGGUCAGCGGCAAUUGGUGUGCUUAGCGCGUGCGCUGCUCCGUAAAAGUAAGAUCCUGGUUCUAGACGAAGCCACGGCCGCAGUGGACCUGGAAACUGAUGAACUCAUCCAGCACACGAUUCGGCGAGAGUUCGCUGACCGCACUGUGUUCACCAUUGCUCACAGGCUCAACACUAUUAUGGACUAUACAAGGUAAAGCACUCCUUAGUUGAUAAUUCUCUGUGCACUUGUUACUUGUCUCCUCACAUGUUGAUGUGGUAAGGAUAAAGCUUUUCCCAGGGGUGAUAGAAUGAAGUGGGAAGUUGAGUUCCAGUCUAGAAAUGAUGCCUCUUUUGCUUAAUAUUUGUACAUUACUGAAUGGAAAUUUAGGUGAAUUCUCAUUACGUGGCCAUGGCACUUUUGGUUUCCUGUGAAGGUUAUACUCAGCCGGAAAUGUGAAUAUUCAAGUCGCAUAUCUUUUGGAUGAAAUUAGUGAAUUCUAAUUCAUGUGCUAUCAGUAACUGCGCACCUACCCCUCCCUUAACUCAACAACAGUCAACCGAUAACAAGUUUGGGUUGAUAUUGGGUUAGGGGAGGGGUAGGUGCAUAGUUGCUCAGAUACUGACCUUGAUCCUUUUUUUCCUCAAGAGGAGGAGUUCUCGGAAUGAACAGAACACUGAGUGAUAUGCGAGUCUUGUUUUUUUUUUCAGGAUCAUGGUGCUAGACAAGGGUUUCAUGAUGGAGUUUGACACUCCACAGGCUCUGUUAGCUCAACAGGGAAUCUUCUACAAAAUGGCUCGUGACGCUGGACUGGCUUGAGAAGCUAGGCACGUUAUGACGGCAUCACAAGGCGGAAGCGCUUCGGAAGGAAAUCGGGAAAUCGGCUACAUAGGAAUUUGUUUUUAACUGAUGCACGAUGCGCUCAUAUUAUCACUGACGUAUCAGAAAGGAUAUUUUUAACAAUAUUAGCUUGAAAAGAAAAAGGGAAAGAUAUCUGCGAUUUGGGUCCUAGCAGACAACUUGGCAUGAACUGUGUGGUGUUCGGUUGAUCUCGAUUCGCCAAGAGUGUGUAUAGUUGUCAAUUAGAACCAAUUAUUUUGCGUCCGUGCUCUUGGAUUGCCUUCUCCAUGAAAGUUCUUAUCCACGACCAAAAAUUCAUUUUGAAAAUUAUCCUUCCUCCUUCCCGCUUCAUCUACCUUUAUCCCCUGCCCCCUGCCCCCCCUUUUCCUCCUCUUCACCCUUUAACAGAUUUUUCUUGGCAUUAUUUAUUGUCAGACCCAACCCUCUCUCUCUCUCUCCUCAUCCAGUCCAAGCUUUUACAAGUGUUUUUCGUUGUUUGCUUUUGGCCGGGCCUGUUGUGAUAAGGAAUCCUUAAGUGACAACAGAGUUAGUGUCAAACACAAAGUAUAUUUAUUAACGAACAAAUUUUAUUCAAACAACCAGAGAACAUUACUUUUCAAAUCUAAUCUUAAUAUGACGCGUUUCGAAAAUCACUGGGUCAUCCUCAUGACGUAAACAAAGAUGGUUUAUAUUCUAUCCCUCCAAAACUUUCUUUAUUACAGUAUUUUAAAUUAGGAAUUACUAAUGGCUAUGGAACUAGUAACAGAAUAUAAUGUAAAGGAAC